AGUAUCAUCAUCAUCAUCUAUUGCUGCAAUUAGCCAUUUACGAAUCUCUCUCAGACAAUCGUAAGGAGUCGUCAAGAUGGCUAAUGCUCUGAGUACCGUUUACAAAUAUGCGAUUCCUCUCGCUUUCGGUUUAUCGUUUGCCCAGGCUUCCAUGUACGAUGUGAAGGGAGGCACUCGCGCCGUCAUCUUCGACAGACUGAGUGGUGUCAAAGAGCAGGUCGUCAACGAGGGAACACACUUCUUGAUUCCCUGGCUGCAGAAGAGUAUCAUCUACGAUGUUCGAACAAAGCCUAGAAACAUCUCUACCACCACUGGCAGUAAGGAUUUGCAAAUGGUCAGCUUGACCCUCAGAGUGCUUCACCGGCCAGAGGUGAAGAAUCUCCCCAAGAUCUAUCAGUCACUCGGUCAAGACUACGACGAGCGUGUUUUGCCUUCUAUCGGAAAUGAAGUCCUGAAGGCUAUUGUUGCCCAAUUUGAUGCGGCCGAGCUCAUUACUCAGAGAGAAGCCGUGUCAAACCGUAUCCGAAGCGAUUUAUUGAAACGCGCACAAGAGUUCAACAUUGCCCUUGAGGACGUUUCCAUCACGCACAUGACGUUCGGAAAGGAGUUCACGCGAGCGGUCGAGCAGAAGCAGAUUGCCCAACAGGAUGCAGAGCGGGCCCGGUUCAUCGUCGAGAAGGCAGAGCAGGAGCGGCAAGCCAACGUUAUCCGAGCUGAGGGUGAGGCCGAGAGUGCCGACACUAUCUCGAAAGCUGUUCAAAAGGCGGGUGAUGGCUUGAUUCUUAUCCGACGAAUCGAAGCCAGCAGGGAGAUUGCCCAGACUCUUUCAACCAACCCUAACGUCACCUACCUGCCAGGUGGAGAAGGCGGAAAAGAGGGUGGCAAGGGCACCAGCAUGCUCCUCGGAUUGAGGUCGUAAGAGUCUAGAUUCGGAUGAUUUGUGUAUAUUUCACUUUCGCUCUCUUAUUGGUUUCUUUGUUAAGGGAAAAGGCCUCCAUGUAGCAUAGCAAUAUCGUAUUCUCCUCUUUCAACGAUCAUAUUUGUGUCGUACGGAUUGUCCUUUUUGUUUCCAUCAAAGUGUCAAUAACGGUGAUCUCCGUACUUGUUUCAUAUCUUCCUCUUUCGUACUUUCCCACCGUAUCCACUCGUGGCCAAUGCCAACACGCGGAGAAAAACAAUUCGAAAGAGACCUGACAUGACACACUCUGCCUAUUUACCCUCUCUUCAGCGCCUUCAAAGCAAAGACCGUACUGUUGUCAUAUUCCUGUCGUUGAAAAGCAUACCUAUCUGCUCACGAAUGUCGGCUUCAUGUUGUUGAAGGGUAUAUUCACUUGCUUAUAAAGAUCAUUAUCAUCCGGC